GUCACCAAUGAUGGAAAAAUAAACAAACCUACGGAAAAGGUCGCGAAGAAAAAAAGUUGCGAGUAAAAGUGGCAGGCAAAAUUUUGUCCUCCAAAAUUUGGCCCGAAAAUGUAACCAAAUCAAGAAAACUAUGACUUCACAGCGUGAUUUUCUACGUUCGAUGAACGAAGAUGGUGACGGCGGCGGUGGCGAUGACGAUGAUGACGAUUCCGACACCCUGACGGAACUUUCCUUCUCGAGGUCUCCGACGAGCAGUCUGGGCCGGAGCAGCACCGGGUCGAUUCCGUGGGCCGAAGAUGCCGUCAAACAAAACCAGCUCGAGUGGGAACGGAUCGAGCGUAUGUUCUACGGCGAGGAGGACCUACCGCAGGACAACAAACUCCGGGAGGAAUUUCUGGAGUGGAUCACGGCGUUUCCGCACCUCCGGGUGCUCGGCAGUGCGAUGACAAUCCAGGAAAACCAGGCGGCCAAGUCGUCGGAUCCGUUCCACGAGGAGGUGUUUGCCAUCGACCCUCCCCUCAUGAGCCGCAUCCGGUCAUCGCGAAGUGCUGCCAAGGCGGCCAAGCAGCCCAAGGAGUGCGAGUUUCAGCUUGUUCCUAACGAUAUCGAGCGAUAUCUGCACAUCAGUUCUGGUCAAAUCAUGCGAAACAAUCAUAGAAAUGCCAAAGACUUAGUUAAGAAUUCUAGCGAUCCCAUAAUUUCAUUCGUAGAAACCAUCGAAAAGCCCCCGAAGCAACAGCAACAGCAGCCGACCAGGCAGCAGCAACUUUCCAACAAUCUAAUCAUUCCGCCAUCCUCGAACCAUACCUUCGGAAUACUGAUCAGCAACAAUUACAAUUAUCUAACCGGUAACGAACAGCUGUCGAUGGCUAGCAGGAACAGCAGUGCACAAUCCGUAACACGCUUCAACAAUAGUAUUAUGCACAAGAAACUCGCACCCUUGGGCCAACGGCCACAGCCGAAGUUGUCCUCGGCGCACCACCAUCCGGACAAACCCAUCCUAUCGUCGUCUGCAUCGGCCACCAACGCGCGAAUCCCUCCGCUCGGCUCCAACAUCAAGUUUCUCGUGCGAAACUCUACGGCAGCCCGUUCCCUCGGCACCGAACUCGACCAGCGCCCGGUCAAGUUCAACAUGGUCAAGUCGGCGACCUCGUCGCGAUACCCGCUUUCCCCGACAAAAAACAUCAUCACCCUUCCGUCGCUGGCCGUUUUGGAGCAGGGAUCGAUCGUCCGGGCAGCCGGCGGCAGUGGAACCCGCAAGGCAUCCUUCAACACGGAAAUCGUCGGACGGUCUAUCUCGGCAGCGGUCACCCAGAAGAACUCACCACCCAAAAGUACUGGCACCGGCAACGCACCCAAGCUGAACGUAAUCCACUAUCACUAAGUGUCUCUUAACUUGGUUAUUAUAUCGCUUAACCGGCUUCUUACAGCUCACGCGAGUAGUCGUAGGGACUUGUUUGAACGAGUUCUAGGGUAGGAAUUAUUUUGUUUAAAAAGUUACGAAAAUAAACAGAAAAAAAUCUGUCGCGGUUAAAUCGGGGCAGAUUGAAAACUUAUUGCAAAA